UUUCCCGGUGGGCACACACGCACGUUACCUCCAGAUCCCCACUGUCACAGGAGAGUUCCGCAGCUGCCAGUCUCAUCCGUAGCCCCUGGGGACCUGUGCGAGAAUUAUUUCUGGGACGAGUGCCCAGGAGUUGGGUCUUGGACUCACAUGCUGUAUGUGUGCUUAAUUGAAGCUUGAUUUUCCGACUGGGGACAGCACACGACAGUUCUCAUCUCUCUGUGUCCCCACCAACAUUUGGUGUGCACUAAAUUUUAAAUUCCGGUCAUUCUGAUCGCUGAGAGUGCGUUUUACUGUUGCUCUAAUUUUCAUACCUUAGAUUCCCAGGGAGUUGAAGCAUCUCCUCACGUGGUUGUACCCGAUUGGACAUUCCCUUCUGAGAACUGUCUUUUUGUGUCUUUUAUCUACUCUUCUCUUUCUUUUUAUGUGCUAGGAAUUAAUCCCUGGCCAGCUUUAGAUUCUGCAGUAAUUAAGUCCCAGUUUCUAAUUUCUCUAAUUACUUACCCAUCAUUUAUUUUUCUCAAACAAAACUUCUUACUAUUUAACGUAGGCAAAUCUGACCGUUUUUCACCUCAUAUGGAGUGCUUUUAGGAUCUUUUUUAUGAAACGCGUCCCCGCCCAGAAUAAGGAAAUGGGAUCCCAGUGUUGUUGCCCAAGGUCACGCUGUCAGGUGGCAGCAGAAUUUGGAAUUACGAAUAGGUCACCUUGAAGAAACGGAAUCAUGGUGUUCGCCACACUCUCAAGGCAAUCGGGAGCUGAUUGCGCUCUAACGGUUCCAUCAGGUUCACUCAGAGAUCUCUCAGAAACCGCAGUGUGCAGCAUCCAGUCAUCAAAUUUCACAGCAUUUCCUUUUCUGCCUGAAAUUCUCGCAAUGUGUCUCUAAUCCCAUCAUAACCAGCCGGGCUGUGACCACAGUUCUGGCCUUGACUGAGCUCAUCCCUGCUCGUCCUCAAGGUCACCAGCUGCACUGAAUAACCCUGAACACCAGUCCUUCCUCCGUGGGGUCUCUGCCUUUUCCAGGAAAGCACAGGGCAGAGGUCAGAGGUCUGCGUCUCCUCCGAGCCCGGGAGGUCAAGCCGCUCUCUCCCGUGAGCUCAGGGGUUCAGCUCUGUCUCACAGUGUUGGGGGUGUGGGGAGGCCAGCGCGGAUGGUGGGGAAGUGGAGCUCGGGGCCCCUCCUCCAAUGUCACCUAAACAAGCUUGGCCUUUGCCUCUGUUUGCCGUGUGUGUUGGGUAACGUGUAAGGUUUACUUGAAAAACACUUUUACUGCUAAAACGGGGGGUGGGCAUGGUGCUGCCUUGGAGAACCAGACUACUUUUUAUAAGCUGAUAUAUUUUCAUCUCCUUGUUUAUAUUUAUAUCAUGCGUUACAUUUUGAUAAACACUUUUACAUUAUCUGCAUUCAUAAAACCUUGUAGGCAGGCAUAAUUUAACGGCUGCGGCAAAAUUUGCCCCACAUCAAAGCCCGGUAUUGCAGGCUCCAGCAGGCGGGCUGAAGGGCCGUGUGUCAAGAGAUGGUAGAUCGUUAUCGGUCUCGGCUGGAACUAGAUGAUCCCUGGUCUCCUCAUUCGUGCAAAGAUGCUAUGCCUGGAAAUGGUUAGAAAGAAAGUAAAAUUGAAAGAACAACCUGCACUGAGCCUCUUGUCUUUUGGGAGGAAGGAGGGACCUCACACAUGCAUCAAAUGCCUGCCCCCGUCCCUGUGUGAGGGGCCUCGUUUUACUUCAUCUUUACAGCCACUCGGGGAGGGAGGCGUUAUUACGUCCGUUCCAAAGGUGAUGAACCGGAGCCGUGGAAGGAUGAGUGCAGAAGCUCAGAUCCCAGAGCUUUCCCACUUGUCUGGCUCCAAAACCAGGCUCGUCCCACCGUGUCAGGACGCCACCAAGCAAACGCUGCAUCGUCUUUCAUACAUUCGCCUCCCAGAGCUUCCCGGGGCCGUUGUUACUCUGGGGAGGAAAGUCCUCGUCAGUAUUCUUUCCCACGCUGGACCACACAUUGGUGCCUUGGCCCUUCCCCGCCUUCCCGCACCCUCGGUCCUUACCUCCUGCUUUCGGGUCGGGCCACAUCAUCUGUCACUUGCCGUGACUCGGCUGUGGGCAUCUUUCUUGAUUUGAUUUCUUGGUUUCCCAACAAGAGCCCAUGCUCUUUGGGGGGGCGGUGCCUCAAGAAAGGAAGAUUGGAAAACAGCACUCCGGUCUUAUGGCUCCACAAACUGUUGAUCCAACUUGGCUUUUCCUCUUUGCUCAUGCAUUCUCUCUAGCCACAGGCUGGGGAGGUAGGCAUGAUCACAAAGGUCCUUUCUGCUCUCGGAGGGCACACCUCUGAGACACACACAGGGGCUUUCUUUCUCCCUUGUCUGAUGGAUUGAGUCACUGCGCCAUGCUGUCAGGAACUUCCGUGGCACCUGUCUCGAACAGACGGCGAGGUGCUGUGGAGGUAGAUACUUGGACAAAUCUUGAAUUUGAGAAGCUUUCCCAACUUAACAAGGAUCUACAAAGUAAGCUAUAGCAGAAGGUAGAUGGGGAUACCUGCCAUAAGUGUGAAGAAAAACAAAGAGGAAACUAAUGUUUAUUAAGUACCUACUAUGUGUCAGAAGUGCCUAAUAUGUGUCAGGGUUUACUCUCGUAUUUUAGGUACUUUUAUUUACAUUUUCUGAUUGGAUAAGCCUAACUGUGUUUCGAAGUAUUAUGCCCACUUUACAGAGGAGGAAAUUAAGGCUCAGAGAUGAUGCCAGGUACCACAGAUCUCCUUGUCUCUAAAGCUCAUGUAUUUCCACUCUACAUUGUUAAAGAACCUGAGGAAAUGUAUCAAAAUACUAAAGUGGGAAAGCAUAUGACCCAUUUAGUUACUAUCCAGUGUUCCAGUUUUCUCUCACCUUCAUUUACCUCUUUCCUUCUGUCUAUUAUGGGUACAUGCACACCCCAGAACGUCCUUAGGGUUUGUCCCUUACCGGCACUAACUGUUAUUAGUACUCUGAUAAUUUCAAAAAUAAAUCCCUUCGGAUGUGGCUCAGGAGCUUUCUCCUGUCUUUCCCCUGUGAUUUACCCAACCCCUGCUCACGUUAAUCUUAGGGAUAAUGAAAUGGGCUGCCUUUACAGGAUGGGUUUCUACUGGUGUGCCAUUUUUUUUGUAAGCAUGAGAGUAAGGGGGCGGGGGGGAAUGGGAUAACUGAAAUGGAACAACAGUAAUAUUUAAAAAAAGAAAGAAUGAUAUAUUAUUACAAGUAAAUUACACUGUGGAAUGGUAUUAAUACUGCAGUUGAAAGCUAGAAUUUGAAAUAAAGAUGGAAAUGUUCAUUUAUUUAAAAAAAGGCAUGAACAUUUUUUAACAAGACACAGGCGUGGCAGGCACCCUUAUUUGUAAUCCAGGACUGUGUGUAUGUGUGUGUGUGUGUGUGUGUGUGUGUGUGUGAGACAAAACUACUAACAAAUGCACCCUUAUGCUUUCUGUAGUGGAUAAGAAUUGUUACAGCUCAGACACGUCUAGCCAGUGUCACAGAGGUUGUUGAAUGUGCCCACGAAGUGACCCAGACUUUACCCCCCGUCCAGUUUAACACUUUGAAUAAAGGCUAGCAGGCUUCACUGCGUUGGAAAAUUGCUGAGUGUCUGCAGCCAUUUGGAUGUACAGAUUUGCCGUGUAGCCUUCCUAGGUGUGCCGUCUAAAGCAAGACUCAUUUAGCUGACGCGCAUUCCCUGCGUGCUGUUUGCCCAACAGUCAUCACUCACGUUGGUUCAUUAGGCGUUGGGUGAUGAGCCAAGCCGCUGUAUUCCCAGCUGGGGCUGGAGCCUGUGUAGUUUGGCACUGAUUUACGACGUGCAGGAGGGAGCAGUUUGCAGAGCCAUCUUAGAAACCCCGUUAGCUGAAGACAAAUACCUGAGAGUUAGCUGAUGGGAGCUCAGGAGGGGGGCUUUUGAGGAAAGGGAGUCAUUUAGAAACACCAAUAUGACUUCCUCCAUUAUCCUGGCUAGGGGAGGGAAAGGUUCUGUGGCAGACGAUGCUUUCGGGUCUGGUUUCUUGGCGUGUACCCCACGGCCGGGUGUGAGGCGUGUGAUUGACGUUGUCACACAACUGCACCAUCUCCCUGUGCUGUGGUUCUCACCAUUUCUAAACGUGUUUACAGAGGCUCCCUGCGUCUCCGUCACCUUCAGACUAAAUGCCUGUGUAUCAGUAAAAUACCUCGCGGUGUUCUUUUGAAAGAUAUUAUGCAAAAGAGCACGCAUUUAUAGCUUUACCUUUCCUCUCCUGAAUGGAUUUUACACUGAAAAAGGUUUUAAGUGUAAUAUCUGACUCGUGUGCUUCCUAUCUCUUGUUUUUCCUUCUCAUCUUGCUCACCUGUUGCACCAUGUUGGUGUGGCAUCCUCUUUGCUCUUUGUGUUCUCUGGGUAGGGCAAUGAGGAAGACAUGCUUUGAUCUUGAAGUUGCACAGAGAAUGCCUCUGCUCCAUUCGGGGCACCGUUCUUUUAGUGGCGUGCCAAAACUUGCACAACACAUUUUUUAUUCUCUCCAGGACAGACUCUUUCUCCCUGUUACCGACAGACAACACUCUGAGGUGCCAUUGACCACUGCUGGCCAGAGACUUUAUCUGUUUCCUAGAGACAAACACCUGCUGUUUAGGGGGUUUAAAUUUUCACUAGCCCAUCCACAUGGCUCAGUUGGUAAGCUACAAGGAUGCCCAGAUUCACCUGGGGAGGGGGGAAAACACAGAGAGAGGAGAGGGCAUGCCCGAGGGCGUGCAGGAGGCAGCACCAGGCAGAGGUGCCAAGUCAAGGAGGCGCUGGGGGUCCGGGCUUCGUCAUUCUUUAGUCUUGGACUUCAUCCUCCCUUCCUCUGCUCAAGGAUCUUACCUUUUCACCGCUUCCUACAACAUGCAGUCCCAAUUCUUCUACUCAGCAGUGUCAGGCUUCCCCAGUUUGAUCUCGACCUGUCUUCCCACGGACCACCUCCCACCCCUCUCCUUAAGGGAAUAAACACAAUAGCCACCAUUUUUAUCUGGUCUCAUAAAAGCUGCUUGACAUUUUUAAAUCUCCUCACCACGUGGCAAUAUCUAGCCGGUAAUCCCCAGUUUACUGGGGAUCUGAGGCUUAGGGGGAUUCAGGCAUCUGCCCCAGGUCACGUAGGUGGAGAAAGCACGAGAGCCAAGAGUCAAACCCGGUUCCACUGGACUCCAGGGCUCGCUGCUUGCCUCUGACCUUCCGCUGAAGCCGGAGUGGUCUUGAAAAAUUGCCCUUCUCUUGAUCUGAAAAGGUUGGAUGAGAGAGGGAGUGGAUCUUAAACUGAUUUUCAGUGUAAAAAUAUGUUUCCUAACUCAAGAGUGGGAUGCUCAGAGAGCACCGACGUGACGUGUGUACUUCUGUGAAGCGAGAAGUU